AUAAUUACAAAAAUAGUUUAGGUAGGAGUAGCAGUUGUUGACCGAUCGAACAUCGUUACACUGUAGAGCCCUUUCCUUGCUCUUUCCUCUACCAUUUUAAAACAGCUACGUACUACUACUUGUUUGUAAAGAGAGAGAGAGAGAGAGAGAGAGAGGAGGAGGAGGAGAAGGAGGAGAAGAAGAAAUGAAGAUGAAAGAGAAUCAACAUCAGCAGUUUGAAGAUCAAGAGUUAUAUAUGGACACUACUAGCCCUUUUAUGAAGAGCUCUUCUGAGACUACUACUCCUGAGAGAACCGACACCGCCUCUUCUCUCUCUGAACCUCUCAGUUCAUGCCACAGCCCCACUUCUUAUAAUCCAUAUCAUGAUGAUGCCCCCUCUACAACCAGCUUCAAACCAAAUAAAGAUAAUGGAGAUCCAAGGACAGGUAGCAACAAGAAGCUUGGGAGAAAAUCUCACAGUUUCGCAUACAGAAUUCGCGAUCAUGUGAAAAUGGGGCCCAAGUUAUCAGAAACAGUGAAGGGAAAACUGAGUUUGGGGGCGAGAAUAAUCCAACUAGGUGGGAGAGAGAAUAUAUUCAGAAAAGUGUUUGGAAUGAGUAGUAGUGAUGGAGAGAAGUUGUUGAAGGCUUCUCAGUGCUACUUGUCAACAACAGCCGGUCCCAUUGCAGGAAUCCUCUUUAUUUCCACUCACAAGCUUGCGUUCUGCAGCGAAAGGUCCAUAAUACUCCCCUCUAAUUCCACUCCUGGAGAGGUUGUUAGAACACCUUACAAGGUUUCUAUUCCAAUAAAGAAGAUUAAAGGAGCAAACGAAAGUGAGAAUGUGAACAAGCCCGCACAAAAGUACAUAGAGAUAGUGACGGAGGACAACUUUGAAUUUUGGUUUAUGGGGUUUGUACGCUUCGAAAAAGCUUUCCUCAAUAUUCACAAGGCCAUAUCUAUGUCCUGCUAGCCGAUCGAGCAGAGUAGUUAGCUAUAGCCCAUAGCUUCUUCCCUCGAUCUCUUUCUUUCUUUUUUAUUUUUUUCUUUUUAAUCUGGAGGACUACUUAUAGCUUUAAUUUCUUUUCUUUUCGAACCUGGAACUUCGAAGUUAAGAUGCUUUGAUUAAUUAUCGGGAAAAAGUAAUUAAAUACCAUCAAUAGCU